AAUGUCGACUAUCUGGACUCACUUUUUUUUUCUUACUCAAAAUUUCUUAACCAUAUAAUUGCCCAAAGUAUAAUUACCAAAAAAUGGCACAGUGGUUUCCUGAAGACGCUAGUUGCGGACCAGUCAACCCAAUGACUGGGCUUAUGAAGCAAUUUACGCAAGAUAGUUCGUCGCAACAUGAUAAAUUCUCAACAGAACGUUACGGCGAGGGUUCUUCUAGAGGAGCAUUUAGAACACAAACAAAUAUUAAUCGGCAAGAAGAUGAGUAUGCUCAAAAAUUUUUUCAAUAUCCGGGACAAGAAUCUUCUCAUCCACCAAAUCUUUAUAAUCUUGACGAAAUGAGUAAAGAACUCGAAGCAAUUAGACACGACAUACCAAGAAAUGGGGAUUGGGCAGUUGAAUUUUUGAAACAACCAAAAAUUAUACCCAACCAUGUACAUCCGGAAUUUGAAGAAUUCAACAUGAUCUACAAAAAUGCUCAAAAUCAAAAUAAUUGGGUAUCUCAGUUUCAACAACAACGACAAGCAGGAAAUAUCGAGAUACAUCCUGAAGAGAUAACCGCAUUUGAACAGGCAUUUGAGGAUGCGAAGAAAAGUGCGAGUUGGGAGUCCGAAUUUAAAGCUCAAGAACAAUCAUGGGCAAAUGAAUUUAAACAACAAGAAGAAGCCGCGGAUGCAAAAACUGAAUUAGCUAGCGUAGCUAGUAAGUUAGUUGCAUCUGUUGAAGGAGAAACAAACCCAAAAUUUAAAAGUUCAUCAUUUUUUCAAUUCAUGAAAAAAUUGAGUAAACAAGAACUUUCUAUUGAAGGUAACAAAAUUGUUGAAAAUGCCCCAAUAUCAAAUGAAAAUUGGGCUUCCGAAUUUAGUCAGCAGCAAAACAAUAAUAAUUGGGCUUCGGAAUUUACAAAUAAACAGACAAAUUCAUGGACUCGAGAAUUUAAUGAAAAUACUAGAUUUUCAGGUACUACAAAAAAUGGAGAAAGUGAUUGGGCUACAGAAUUUCAAAAAACUGACAAUCAAAUAAAUGAUACUUCCAGUACAAGAACAGCAUCAGAUAACUGGGUUAAAGAUUUUUCAUUAGAAAAAUCUGUUGAUCAAACUAUGGAAGAUUUAAAAAAAGAUUGGGAAAAUUAUCAAGCUACUAGUUCGGGAUAUUCAUACAAUUAUAACGAUUACGAAUUUUCUCAAAAUAAUCCUUUCCUUAAUAUGCCAAAUCUUUCGUCAAUGAAAGGUCAAAAUCUAGCAGAAUCUAUAUUGAUUUUAGAAGCGAAGGUUCAACUUGAUCCGAAUGAUUCAUAUGCAUGGUAUCAACUUGGUACUAGGCAACAAGAGAAUGAACAGGAGCCGAAAGCAAUAGCAGCAUUACGUAAAGCUGCAACCUUGAAUCCUCAAAUAUUGGAUUCAUGGCUUUCUCUAGCAGUUUCUUACACGAACGAAUAUCGUCGUGAUGAUGUAUAUGAUGUAUUAGAAUCUUGGUUUGAGCAUAAUUCUAAAUAUAAAAAAUUAUUAGAACAGCAACGUGCAAAAGCAAAUUUUGUUGAUCCUCACAAAUUUUUCACGGACCUGUUUAUACAAGCAGCACUUUUAAAUCCCGGAGAAAAUCUUGAUCCAGACGUUCAAAUUGGUUUGGGAAUAUUAUACAAUGUAUCGGAAGAAUAUAAUAAGGCGAUAGACUGUUUCCAAUCUGCACUUUCCUUGAGACCGAACGAUUACCUUCUUUGGAAUAAACUUGGUGCAACAAUGGCAAAUGCUCGUGAACCCGAAAAAGCCGCUAAUGCUUAUUUUAAUGCACUCGAGAUAAACCCAUCGUAUGUUCGUGCUCGUUAUAAUCUUGCCAUUUCUUUCAUUAACAUGAAAGAAUAUAGAGAUGCGGUUGAACAUUUACUUGCUGCUCUUGCGCUGCAAGCCGGAGAAACUGAUGGGAUCACAAAUAAUAGUUUAAACGUUGAAAAUAGUUCGUUUCAAAAUAUUACUGAAAAAGGCAUGAGUUCGAAUAUCUGGGAUACACUUAAAAUGUGUUGUGGAUUUUUAGAUAGGCCUGAUUUAGAAUCUAAAUGCGAUGAAAGGGAUUUAAAUUCCUUUAAACAAGAAUUUGAAUUUAUUUAAAUUAUUUAUUUAUCUGCCAAUUAGUAUUGUAUUAAUAUUUAAAUUAUAAAAAUUUAAUAAUUUAAUAAGAACAAAAAAAGUAUAGGUUUAAAGAAAAUUCUAUGCAUGUUUUGAGGAAAAUCUCUAUCACAAAAUUAAUUCAAUGUGAAAGGGAAGGUAAGACAAAUAACUCAAUCACAGGAACUACAGAAUGCAAUAAACCAUUCUGCCACACUCCGCUUUAAAUAACUAUUACACGAAUAUGACAAAAAUUUUCCAAUAUCCUGUUAGAAACCUUUAACAGCAACCGUUUACACGUUUUGUAGCAUCUAUAAUUUAUUUUAUUUUAUUUUAUUUUUUGUCAUUAUGAAUUCAAAUAAAAGAAAUA